AUGACACCAACACCCUUGAUUUUCAUUGCAGCCUGUUUACUACUGGUCACCCACAUCUCUCCUGCUGUGUGUCGUGCUGUAGAUCUGAGUAUUUUCGACAGACUGGAUUCCAAUGCCAGCACAGCUACUGAUGAAGGAAAUGAUCAAUUUCUUUCCUACAUUCUGAGGGAGAAGUUACUCCAACUUUUGGGGCAGAAUCCAAACUACAUGAAGAUUCACUCUCAAUCAUCCUUGGAUCAGAUUCUGAAUGAGAUCCUUGAUAAAGAAGCCAGUCACCUCCUGCAUGAACUUUUCCCAAACACUGAAACACCUGUGUCCACUCAAGAAGCAGACCUUGAUAUGGUGCCAGCUUUUGCUGAACGCUCAAAGAGAUCUGAACCAGUCAAUUCCCUGGAUCUCACAUUUCACCUCUUGAGGGAAAUGAUUAAGAUGGCUAAGAAUGAGAAUCAAUGGAUACAGGCAGAGAAAAAUCGGAAAAUUAUGGAUGCUAUUGGCAAGUGA